GUUCAUUACAGUUCGAUUAUAAUAAUCUAUCCAAAAAUAGUAUUUCACAUUAAGUAUUCAUGUUUAUAAAUUCAUUAUCUUAAAAAUGUAUUUAUUUACCCUCAAUCGAAAAUUCACCAUUUUUACUGGCACAGUAAAUUAUCAUUAUCGAAAUAUAUAAAAAAAAAAAUUGUGAAUAGAAGGUAUAGUUUUUCAAAAACAUGAUCGAGAUUUAUCAGAAGUGUAAUAUUAAGCUUAAUUUGAAAAAUGAAGUUUUAGUGUGAUGUUAAUUUUUUUUAAAAAGUAUUUUUCUGUUUGUGCUUGCAAUAGUGAAGUAAAAUUAUAAGUGAAGAAAUAUGUGUAUUUCUUCUUUUAAUCCCUAAACUCGUGGAUGUAAUAAAUAUAUCAAAAAUAUGGAAUGUUAAGUGAAAAAAAUAUUUCAUCUUGAUGUGAAAGUGAAUUUAGUUGUGUUAUUGAAUAAAUAUUCUUUGUCAUGGAUUCAUCAGUAGAAGAAACUGAACUGGAUGUUGAAUCUGUAAAUGAUGAAUUGGAGUCUGUUGAAGCUAAAAUGCGAUCAAUUCCAAAACCUUUUACAAUUGAAAGUUUAAUUGGCAAUAAAGGUCAAACAGUGGGAGUCGAAAGGGAAUAUAUAAAACCAAAUGAAAAAAUACGGGGAAAUGAACAAAAUUCUGAUCAAGAGAAGGAAUUUUUUUAUCAACAACAUUGUCUUGCGACGGCAACAUCAGCACUUCCAGGAUUAUUGUAUAACUCAUGGUUACCAAUAAGAAUGUACGGUGGCAAUAGUGGUCCAGUGAUUCCUUCGCAUCUGGCUGCAAAUUAUCCCUCACAACAAAAUCAUCAAAGUCAAUUGUCUCACAAUUUGACUUUUGGUUUAAGCAACUAUCAUGGUUCUGUUUAUUCCGCUAAUCAUACGCUGCAUCAAAGUACAAACUUAACAGAUAGCGAAGAUGACAGAAGCCUAUCACCUGCAUCUCCAAUUCAUGAUCUAUCCAAGUCACGGCAGGGGUCAGAAAAUGGACGAGUUUCAGCUGAGAGUGAAGAUGAAAGUGGAGGAAAUGAAGCAGAAAGUAUUGGCCAAGGUUCUUCCUUAGCAAACAGUACGAGUAGUUCUAACAACAAAGCACGUCGUCGAAGAACGGCAUUUACUUCUGAACAGCUUCUUGAGCUUGAACGUGAGUUUCACGCAAAAAAAUAUCUCAGUCUCACUGAACGUUCACACAUUGCUCACGCAUUGAAGCUUUCCGAAGUGCAGGUGAAAAUUUGGUUUCAAAAUCGUCGUGCAAAAUGGAAAAGAGUGAAAGCUGGUCUCACAAGUGGUGGUGCUGGUCCAACUAAUCGACAUUCCACAGGAGGUCAACAUUCGAAUUCUGGUCCAAGAAUUGUUGUCCCCAUCCCUGUUCACGUUAGUCGCUUAGCGGUUCGAGCUCAUCAUCAUCAUUUGGAAAAAUGUCCUCAAUCACAGUCGAGAUCAACAAAUGGUAAUGUUACCAAUACAUCAGGACUUGGACAUUUUGGAAAUAGUUUAUCUUCUAGAAUUUCUUCUUCAACAAUUUCCAAUGGUACACCAUUGAAUCUUGGCUCAAAUACACUUAGAGCAUUUUCCACUCCACAACACACUAGUUCAGGAAGGUAGCCAGUGGCCUCAUUGGAUUAUUAAUUUAUUUAUCCCAACUAUAUAAAUUUUUGUACUUAUCUAUAAUAUAAAUCUACGAUCCCAAAAAUACGUUUUUAUUACAGACAGCACACAUUUACAUCUCUUCAAUUUUUGAGUAAUAGUUAUUUAAUUUACCCACAUAUUUUUAACAUAUGAUUUGUCAAAAUCCAUAUAUCUUUAAUUAUACGUUGAAAGUCUACACACAAUGGACACAAUAAUUCACUAAAGACGGAUAUUCUGUUCAGUAUCAGAUAUAAAGAGUUAACGAGCGACAGAUUAAUCGACGAAACAUGUACUCCAUGGAGAUUCGCGUCAACCAACAAAGGGUGAAACGUCAAAUACAUAUUCAGUGAAUAACCGCGCCCAUGGCUUUUGUAUUUAAUAUAGAAACCUACAGAAAGA